AUGGUUUUAGAAUGGCAGCACAGAGCUGUAUUUUUAAUUAAUUAUGUGACUGUACUUGGCGUGGAGUGUUCUAUAAUAACUAAGAUCGAACAUCGAGACGGAUGGACCGCAGUGGGGAAACAGAUCACCGCGAUGAUGCUAGUGCGCCUGAACAUGCGCGUGGCAUUGGCAGCCCUCUGUGGAGGCGUGAUGCUUGUCACGCUUUAUUGGGGCCGAUGCGGGGACAUGGGGCAUAGACCCAUAGGUUCUAUGCCGUCCAACGAGCUGAUAGAUCGCGUAAGCGAUGAAAUCGAGUGCUCUAUUAACGGGGAGUACUCGGUGGCAUGUCGCCGCGACCACGAUCAGGUGUAUGUGCCUUUCUCCUUUAUACACAAAUAUUUUGAGAUAUACGGCAAAAUAACGUCGGUCGAUGGCGUGGAAAAGUUCGAAUGGUCGCACAGUUACAGCAAAGUGUACCAUCCAAAGAAAAAGUACGAUCCCCGCAGUACUUUUACGACCUUCGAGAAUUACAAUGUCGAAGUACGGGACAGGGUUAAAUGUAUCAGCGGGAUCGAAGGUGUACCGGUCUCCACGCAAUGGGAACCUCGGGGUUUCUUCUACCCCACCCAAAUAGCCCAAUUUGGUUUAGCGCACUACAGCAAAAACAUAACAGAACCACCACCAAGAGUUAAAAUUCUUGAUGAUGGGGAGAAGUUUCUGGAAAAAUGGAUAGUUAGUAAUGAUGCAAUGAUGACCAGGGAAUUUGAUGCAGAGCUCAAAUCGAAUGUGAUAAGGUUUUCUACAUCAGACCACGUCUCCAGUCAGGUUUGGCUGAAGCUCAAUUUGAGUCAGGACUUUGUUCUUAGUAUGGAUCUGAAAUUGAAGCCGAAUUCUUCCAUGACAGUUGUUCUACAAAAUAAAGAUAAAAAGGAGACCGUCUAUUUACAUUACAUUACGAGUUUACAGCUUAUUUAUGCUCAGGAGGAUCACACGUACUACGGUAUAGGCGUAGAUCAAAAAUGGCGUAAAAUCACACGGGACCUGAUAAUAGAUAUGCAAAAAGGCUGGGCGUUGCAGGAUAAACCGAAGCGCAAGUCUCCUAGGAAUAAGUUUAAGAUAUCUAGCCUGAUCCUGUCGGGGUCGGGCGCGGUGGGCAACGUGCGCGUGGCGUCCAGCUCGCACACGGAGCACUUCUACGCGGCGGCGCGCUGGCUGGUGGCGGCGCAGCGCGCGCGCGGCGGCUGGCCGGUGCCCGCGCGCCGCCGCGUCGCGCCCGGCGUGCCCGACCUCGAGCCGGGCUGGCACUCGGCGAUGAGCCAAGGGCACGGCAUCUCGGUGCUGGCGCGCGCGUACCACCGCGGCGGCGACGCGCGCUACUUGCGCGCGGCGCGGCGCGCGCUGCACCUGCUGGAUGUGCCCGCGCGCGCCGGCGGCGUGCGCGCCAUGUGGAUGGACAGAUAUGUGUGGUACGAAGAGUAUCCAACAAAGCCACCUCUGUUUGUGCUUAACGGCUUCAUCUACACGCUGCUUGGACUCUACGACUUACACGUGAUCGAAGGUGAGAACUCUAUAUCGUUAGCGAAGAAAAUGUUUGACGACGGCAUGCUGUCUCUCAAAACACUCCUUCCACUUUUCGAUACCGGCAGUGGCAGUUUCUAUGACCUUAGGCAUUUUACUUUAGGCGUGGCCCCGAAUAUUGCGAGAUGGGACUAUCACGCGACUCAUGUGAAUCAGCUAUACCUAUUAGCCGGUCUAGAUCCAGACCCGAUAUUGAUAAACACGGCGAAGAGAUGGGAAGGUUAUAUGCAAGGGAAACGGGCCGCUCACAAU